GGGGCAGGAGGUAGAAAAGAGAAACUGGGGUACUUGGCAUAGUUCAGAUACUACAAAUCUGGUGCUUCUGAUCUACAGAAGGAAGUGUGGAUAUAGACCCACAUUGAGCGUGAGAGUAACAGGAAGAGGUGCAAGAGUGAGGUGAAUGAUUCCCCUCUAGAAAGUUUGGGGCAAGCCUGGAGGGGAUACUGGUUUUGUGGGCUGUUGCCAGGACAGUUGCUACCCACCUGUGCUCUGGCCUGAACCUGGCUGAGUCAUCACCCAGAAUGCUGUGAUGGUAGGAGUAAUUAUAGCCCAGGAGGAUAUGGAAGCAUCAAGUAAUUACAGUCAAGGAGGACACGCCCAGGGCUAUGGUGCUGCUGUGCACAGAGCACGAGGCAAGGUUUGGGCAGGUGUGGGAAAAAGGUAUAGAUGCUUCAAAGUAUUAUUAAAAAUGUGUGGAUCCCCAUGAAGCUCUACUAUACUCAAGUUUACCAGGAUAUUUGGGUAGGAAUGGGGCUGAUGAACCUCACCGUUUAUAAAAUCCAGACUGCUAACAAAAGAAGUAAAGCUUUGAAAGCUCCGGCGCCUGCUCAUGGUCAUCACUAAUCAGCUUU